AUGGGGCCCCUCCUAUGCGAGGAACCAGGGCAGUCUGCCUCUGAGUUGCAGCAGGGUACCACAAGCGGAGAGCAGCAGCAGCAGCAGCAGCAAGAGCAACAGCAGCAGCAAGAGCAACAGCAGCAGCAACAGCUGCAGCAAGAGCAACAGCAGCAGCAAGAGCAACAGCAGCAGCAACAGCAGCAGAAGCAAGAGCAACAGCAGCGGCAGCAAGAGCAACAGCAGCGGCAACAGCAACAGCAGCAGCAACAGCAACAGCAGCAGCAACAGCAACAGCAGCAGCAACAGCAACAGCAGCAGCAACAGCCGCAGCGAGAGCAACAGCAGCAACAGCAGGAGCAAGAGCAACAGCAGCAGCAAGAGCAACAGCAACAACAGGAGCAACAGAAGCAGGAAGGGCAACAGCGGCAGCAAGAGCAGAGGCAGCAGCAGCAGCAAAGGCUGCAGCAGGAGCAAGAGGAACAGCAGCAACGAAAGGAGCAGCAGCAGCAGACGCCCUUCUGGCUGCAAAGGGAUGCAGCAACAGCAGCAGCACUAAAGCCCCUCCUCCACAGUUGGCCUAAGAAGGAGCUUUUCUUUUACGAUUCCUUUCGUGGCUUUCUGCUGCAGCACCUGCGCAGCUUAAAGGAGCAGCAGCAGCAACCUGCUGCCACUGCAGAUCAGCAGCAGCGCCAAAAGAAGCAGGAGGAACCCGCUGCUGUCAACAGAGGCCAGCAGCAGCAGCAGCAGCAGCAGCAGCAGCAGCAGCAGCAGCAGCAGCAGCAAGGACUCGAUGCUACGCAGCAGCGUCUAGCGCACGAAGUCGUUUGUAAACGAUCGCCUAGAGAUGAGGAGGCGCAGCAGCAGCAGCAAGAACUGCUCCCGCAGGAGCAAAUGCAGCAGCAGCAGCAGCAGCAGCAGCAGCGGCAACAGCAGCAGCAAGACCAGUGUGAGGCCACGGAAUCCCCCAUGUCCUCGUCCCAGCAGCCAGAAAACUGCAGUCCUUCGCAGCAGCAAACAGCAGCUCACUCUAGAGAGCAGCGACAGCAGCAGCAGCAGCAGCAGCAGCAGAAGGAACCUCCGGUAGCAGCAGCAGCAGCAGCAGCAGAAAUGACGUAUCUGCUGGAGUCCCCAGCUGGACUGCCGAGAGAGAUGCGCUGCAGCGUGCGAAGGGGUCCAGACUUUCUUUAUGUGUCUGCUGAGGUGCGGUGGGUGUCCGGCUUCAGCUGCUGGCCUGCUGCUUGCUGCGACUUCCUGCUGCUGCAGCUGCUGCAGCAGCGGCAGCGAAGAAGAGACGAACUAAAUUGGCACUUCAACAUUCUGUGCGCUGACGCAGCUGCAGAGGGCGCCGAGCCGCAGCAAGAACCGCAGCAGCAGCAGCAGCAGCAGCAGCAGCAGCAGCAGCAGCAGAGGCGGAGGGUGUGCAUGUUGGUUUUGCGGCACCACAUUCUGCAGCACGAGCCCCACUGGCUGGCCGAAUGGAUUGUUCUUUUCUUGCUGCGGCUGUACGCCGACGUCAUUCGGGCCCUUUCUGCUUCCGAAGCCACUCUGGCCUCAACUGCAGCAGCAGCAACGGCCCCGCUGCUGGCGUUUUGUGAAGAGCCCCCGACUCCGGCGCAGUAUCUUCGCGUCAAGCGUCAGAUGCAGCAGCAGCAGCAGCAGCAAGACCAGCAGCAGCUGCAGCAGCAGCAGCAGCAGCUCCAGCAGCAGCAAACGGACUGA